AGUACUAAACUAUCACUACGUUAUGGUUCUAGUUAUGGAUGAUGAAGAGAGCAACACCGUAGAAAGAUUCGAUGACGUCGUUUUGCCAGGGUUUAGGUUUCAUCCCACAGAUGAAGAACUCGUAAGUUUCUACCUGAAAAGGAAGGUUCUACACAAAUCUCUUCCCUUUGAACUCAUCAAGAAAGUCGACAUUUACAAAUACGAUCCAUGGGACCUACCAAAGCUUGCGGCAAUGGGGGAGAAAGAGUGGUACUUUUACUGUCCAAGAGACAGGAAAUAUAGGAACAGCACGAGGCCUAACCGAGUAACUGGAGGUGGAUUCUGGAAAGCAACCGGAACUGACCGGCCUAUAUACUCAUUAGACUCGACUCGAUGCAUCGGUUUGAAGAAGUCGCUUGUGUUCUACCGUGGUCGAGCUGCUAAAGGAAUCAAAACCGAUUGGAUGAUGCAUGAAUUUCGUCUCCCUUCUCUAUCUGACUCUCAUCACUCAUCGUCUUAUGAUGCUUGGGCUAUUUGCAGAAUAUUCAAGAAGACGAACGCAGUAUCAUCACAAAGAUCAGUCCCACAAUCAUGGCUUUAUCCGGCGAUUCCUGACACCAGCCAAUACAACUCACCGUCACAAACCACAACUCUUUUUGCUUCAACAGACGUUUUCAGCAACAUGGCAACAAGACAAAACCUUAUCUCUUCUCCAGUAGACGAACCCGCAAGCUUCACAGAGUCAGCUGCUGCUUAUUUAGCGUCUCAGAUGCUCGGAGUUCCGUACAACAUAGCUAGAAACAACGGAACAGGGGAUACUAUCUUUCUGAGGAACAAUGAAACAGGGAAUGCUCUGUUUCCUAGCAACAAUGACCAUAACUACUUCCACAACUUGGCCGGAGGAUUAACUAAUGAGCUUCCGAAUGUAAGAUCAAUGGUCGAGACUGGUUUUGAGACGACCACUAGUGAGAUGUCGGCAACGUCGUAUUCCCCUAACAAUUAAGAUGUACUAUUACCACUUAACUAGUGUAGGACAUCGCUAAUAUGUAUUAGUUUAUAAUUAUCUUAUUAAUGUUGCUUUGGUUUUGGUUU